CCCUAAAGUUUUAUAUUUUUAUCCUUUUUUCCUUCCAAGAAACUCAAGGCAGCCUACAUGAUUAUCCUCUUCCUUUCAAUCUUAGCUUCACAACAAGAAUCCUGUGAUGAAGGUUAUGAUCCCAUCCACCUUUGCAGAAUGAUUAUUGCAGCUUCAAAGUUGGAAAGAAUGGUGAGACUUGGCUUAUCCUGCUCACCAGGCAGCAGUGCAGAUUGCUGGAUAUGACAAGCAAAAAAUUAGAAACCUGCUUCUUGGGACUUUGCCAAUUGCACCUGUAUUUCUUACAAAUGAAGAGAUUUUACUGGUGUGGUGUGACUAAAGAUGGCAGAGAUGCAGAUGGAUCAGGACCUUGCCAGGCAGCUCUUUUUUGAGGGUGCCACAGUUAUAAUUUUGAAUGUGCCACAAGGAACAGAGUUUGGCAUUGACUAUAACAGCUGGCAGGUGGGCCCCAAGUUCCGUGGAGUCAAGAUGAUACCUCCAGGUAUUCACUUCCUUCACUACAGCUCUGUUGAUAAGCACAAUAGAAAAGAAAGUGGUCCUCGCACUGGGUUUUUCUUGAACUUGCAACAGCGUGAUGUGCGAGUGUUGCGCUGGGACCAAGUCAAAGAGGAAGUGGACCUCACUCCAGCAUCUGAGAAUGAGACUGAAGCAAUGAGGGCCAACCUCCAAGAGAUAGACAAGUUUCUGGGUCCUUAUCCAUAUGAAGCUCUUAAAAAAUGGAUCUCCCUCAGUAACUUCAUUAAUGAAUUUGUGAUACAAAAGCUGCAACCAGAAAGUGGACAGAUAUGUGCCUUUUCAGAGGUGCUGCCUGUUUUGGCUGGAAAGUAUACAGAAGAUCGAAUUGAACAGAACCUGCCCCCGUAUGACACAGCGUGCAAAAGCUAUGCAGAAGGCCUUGCUCGGUUGCCUAAAAUGCAGGUGAAAGCUGGCACUGAGAUCAGAUUCACAAAAAUACCUAAGCAAAUGUACCCUGAAGGUGCUACACCAGAGGAAGUCACCAGACACAGUAUGGACCUCAGCUAUGCCCUAGAGACAGUUAUCAAUAAACAAUAUGCCAGCAAUUCCCAGGAUGUGCUUGGGGAAUUGCAGUUUGCCUUCAUCUGCUUCCUGAUUGGGAACGUAUAUGAUGCAUUUGAGCACUGGAAAAAACUGCUGAAUCUCUUAUGCAGGUCAGAGGAUGCCAUAGCAAAGCAUCAAGCCUUGUUCAGCAACCUCAUUUCUGUCCUUUAUCAUCAGCUCAGUGAAAUCCCAGCGGACUUCUUUGUGGACAUAGUCUCCCAAGACAACUUUUUAACCAGCACCUUACAGGUAUUCUUCUCUUACACCUGCAGUCCAGGUGUUGACAGGAGUCUAAGGAAGAAGGCAGAGCGAUUUAAAGCCCAUCUAACCAAGAAAUUCAAGUGGGACUUUGAGGCAGAGCCAGAGGACUGUGCUCCAGUAGUUGUGGAGCUGCCAGAAGGGGUGCUUGCGGACUGAAUGAGCAUUGUCUCCUCUCUGUCUUUUGCAUUCUCAUACCGCCCUUGGUUCUCUGGUCAGUUAAUCAAUGCAUAAUUCAUGUUCUACAGUUCUGAUUCAUGAUUCCUUCAUUGAGACCAAACUGAAAAAAUCUAGCAAAAGAGCAUAUCUUGUUCCUGCUGGAAAAUAGCAUUCUGGAAAAAUGAGGAUUAGAUUACUUGUGGUCUGCAUACCAAAUUGAGUCACACUGUUCUCCAAAGCCUUGCUCUGGCUUAGUUCUUUUGUUACUGCAAUCCUCAUGUAAAUUUACCAGAGAGUUAGUCCCAUUGAGCACAAUGGGACUUUCUGUUUUAUGAGCAGGUGUGACUUAUGAUGGACUUCUGUUUGUUGACAGCCUAAUUUGAGACAAUAGGUUUUUGCUCUUGGUUUGCUUAUUCUUUAGUAUCACACUAUAUAAGUGGGAAGGUGGUAAGCCUGAUUGGUCUUGUACUUGGAAAGUUGUGCAUCAUCUUCUAGCACAUGCUUGAGCUGAACAAAGCUGAACAGAAAAAUCUCAUAAGCACUGUAAAUGGAGUUAGCCCACACAACUGAAGCUUGUCACUCAUUGUAAAUCUUCAAGGUUUGCUUUUAUUGUUAUCCUCCCUGCUAGAGCUUUAGGAUGUCAUAUUCAAUUAUGAUGUCUCCACCUAUUUCCUGAGCACUGCUAAAGGAAGCAAAUGUGAAGAAAAAGAGACAUUUCAUUUUUAAUCCAGGGGGCUAUCUAAACCAUACUAAAAAGUGUUAAUUCAGGGUUCUUAUUUCUUUUUACUUGCAUCCUUUCUCAGGGUAGCAAAGACUUUUGGUUACUUCAGAGUAAUGGACGUGCUGUAGCCUGCAGCAAGCACACAACUUGAAUGCUUUCUCUGGGGUGCAAGAUACUGCUGAAUUUUUCAAACAAGGAUCUCUACCCUGUAGGGAUUUAGCUGUUAGUUUUGCUCAUUCCUUUGUAGGCUCUUAGGCUCCGUCAGGUAUUGAUAGUGUAUCCAACAAAAGAACUACAUUAACGUCAAUAGGCAAUAUAUCUUUCUGUAUUAGGUUUCCUUUCAAAGUAUCCCUAAAAUCUUUUGUAUGUGAAAUAGUUUGGCAAAGAUGUGUGUUUGGUUACUGUUAAUGCUGCUGUGUGGAAGGUGCAACACUGUUUAUGAUGCUUACCACCUUGCUCCUGCCCAGUCACUAGAAAUAGUGUUCAAGUGCUAUUAAACUUUUGAUAUGUUUACCGUUGUUA